AUGUCUAAAGAGGAGGAAAAUGCCGUCGAGGCAACCGACACAAACGAAAAUUCGAACGAAUCUAACUCCGACACCACCUCGUCGAACACAAAGGAACCGGACUACGAUGCUACACUGGAGACUGAUCGGGGCAAACGGUUCGAGUUCCUGCUCAAGCAGACGGAAAUUUUCGCUCACUUCAUGAACUCAGCCCCGAGCAAGAGUAGCCCUCCGAAGGCCCCUCGGGGUCGCAAACCGAAGGUGGACAAAACCGUCGAUCCUUUGGAUCAUCGGCACCGUAAAACGGAGCAGGAAGAAGAUGAAGAACUGCUGGCAGAGACGAAUCAGAAGGCAAAGACGCUCUUCCGCUUCGAAGCGUCCCCACCGUACAUUAAGGCUGGCGAGAUGCGUGACUACCAGAUCCGUGGCUUGAACUGGAUGAUAUCACUGUACGAAAACGGUAUCAACGGUAUCUUGGCGGACGAGAUGGGCCUGGGUAAGACACUGCAAACAAUCUCUCUGUUGGGUUAUCUGAAGAACAUCCGUAACAAUCCCGGACCGCACAUUGUGAUCGUGCCGAAGUCGACACUCCAGAAUUGGGUGAACGAGUUCGCCAGGUGGUGUCCGUCGAUUACGGCCGUGUGUCUGAUAGGCGACCAGGAAACACGCAACGUGUUCAUUCGAGACGUGCUGAUGCCGGGCGAAUGGGACGUCUGUAUCACUUCGUACGAAAUGUGCAUCCGCGAGAAGGCCGUAUUCAAGAAGUUCAACUGGCGCUACAUGGUGAUUGACGAGGCUCAUCGCAUCAAGAACGAAAAGUCUAAGCUAUCGGAGAUUUUGCGUGAGUUUAAGACAGCUAACCGGCUGCUGCUGACUGGAACGCCUCUUCAGAACAACCUGCAUGAGCUGUGGGCUUUGCUCAAUUUUCUGCUGCCGGACAUAUUCAACAGCGCCGAGGAUUUCGACAGUUGGUUCGACGCGAAUCAGUGCAUGGGCGACAACUCGCUGAUUGAGCGAUUGCACGCCGUGUUGAAGCCGUUCCUACUUCGGCGCCUGAAGUCGGAGGUCGAGAAGCGGCUGCUGCCGAAGAAGGAGGUUAAAAUCUUCGUCGGUCUAUCUAAGAUGCAGCGCGAGUGGUACACAAAGAUCCUGAUGAAAGACAUCGAUGUCGUUAACGGUGCGGGUAAGGUUGAGAAAAUGCGCCUGCAGAACAUCCUGAUGCAGUUGCGCAAAUGUACUAACCAUCCUUACCUGUUCGAUGGUGCCGAGCCGGGACCCCCGUACACAACCGAUUACCAUCUGCUUGAGAACAGCGGUAAAAUGGUGGUCCUGGAUAAGCUGCUAAACAAGCUGCAAGAACAAGGCUCCCGGGUGCUUAUCUUCAGCCAGAUGACGCGCAUGUUGGACAUCUUAGAGGACUUUUGCCACUGGCGGGGAUAUCAAUACUGUCGGCUGGAUGGACAGACACCGCACGAGGACCGUUCAAACAUGAUCGCCGAUUACAAUGCAGAAAACAGCACUAAGUUUGUUUUUAUGUUGUCGACACGUGCCGGCGGGUUAGGCAUCAAUCUGGCCACCGCAGACGUGGUUAUCAUUUAUGACUCCGAUUGGAACCCGCAGAUGGAUCUGCAGGCCAUGGACCGAGCGCAUCGUAUUGGACAGAAAAAACAAGUACGCGUCUUCCGUCUCAUCACGGAAAACACUGUCGAAGAAAAGAUUGUCGAGCGAGCGGAGGUGAAGCUGAAGCUGGAUAAGCUCGUCAUUCAGCAGGGUCGGCUGGUGGAUAACAAAACCAACCAACUGAACAAGGACGAAAUGUUGAACAUCAUCCGUUUUGGAGCAAACCACGUGUUCCAAUCACGCGAUUCGGAAAUCACUGAUGAAGAUAUCGACGCAAUCUUGCAGAAAGGUGAAGAAAAGACCCAAGAACAGACGGCAAAGCUCGAUAAGCUGGGCGAGAGUUCCCUGCGCAGUUUUACGCUCGACACGGACAACCUGGAGAACCGCUCGGUGUACCAGUUCGAGGGUGAAGACUACCGGGAAAAACAAAAACUGCAGACAUUCGGUUCAUGGAUCGAACCUCCGAAGCGUGAACGAAAGGCCAACUACGCGGUAGAUGCUUAUUUCAAGGAGGCGCUCCGGGUAGCUGAACCGAAAGCUCCAAAAGCGCCCCGUCCGCCGAAGCAACCGAUCGUACAGGACUUCCAGUUCUUCCCGCCGAGGUUGUUUGAACUGCUAGACCAAGAGAUCUAUCAUUACCGCAAAACGGUCAACUACAAGGUGCCGAAGAACUCGGACCUCGGUGCAGAGGCGAACAAGGUGCAGCGCGAGGAGCAGCGGAAAAUCGACGAAUCGGAACCGCUGACGGAGGAAGAACUCGUCGAGAAAGAGUCGCUGCUGACACAGGGUUUUACCAACUGGACGAAGCGUGAUUUCAACCAGUUCAUCAAAGCGAACGAGAAGUACGGACGGGAUGACAUUGAGAACAUUGCGCGGGAGGUUGAGGGAAAGACGCCGGAUGAGGUGAUGGAGUACAGUACGGUGUUCUGGGAACGCUGCCACGAGCUGCAGGAUAUCGACCGCAUUAUGGGUCAAAUCGAGCGCGGCGAGGCAAAGAUCCAGCGUCGUGCCUCAAUAAAACGGGCACUGGACAGCAAGAUGGCCAGGUAUCGUGCACCUUUCCACCAGCUCCGCAUCGCGUACGCCAACAACAAGGGUAAGAAUUAUACCGAGGAGGAAGAUCGGUUCCUUGUGUGUAUGCUGCACAAGCUCGGUUUCGACAAGGAGAACGUUUACGAGGAGUUGAGGGCAGGAGUCCGUUCGGCACCCCAGUUCCGUUUUGAUUGGUUCCUGAAGUCUCGAACUGCGCUUGAGUUGCAGCGUCGAUGCAACACGCUCAUCACGCUGAUCGAACGCGAGAACCAGGAACUGGAAGAGAAGGAGCGGCUCGAGAAGAAGAAGAAAACGGGCGGAGGUAAUGCCGGCAGUGGUGGUGGCACCGGUGGAGCUGGCGCUGGCGGUGGCGGAGCUCCCAAGUCUAACCAAAAGCGCAAAGCCGACACAACUCCCGUGUCGAAUGAUAAGAAUAAGAAAAAGAAAAAAGCUUAAGUUGGACACACUCGGACGGGCCGUGUCCUGAGAUGGAAAAUAAAUUGAUUGCAGAUGGAUGUUGGAUGAUGUGGAUGUGUAUAGAUACGCAUCGCAAGGAGGAGCCGCGAGACAUUCCGCAUACCGGAUUCGGGUUUAUGAUAAUUUGCUUACCGCCUGUUCCGGAAAAAGGUGGCGACCGCGUUCAGUUCUUGCACCUUCUCUCCUGUAACAUGGUGUGUUGUGAAUGCGUACGUGCGCUCGCAAUUCACUCUGUUAGAAGCACGUUUGUAUGUAAUUCUUUUAAGUUUAGCACAUAAAAAUCAAACACCAUCUAGAGCACGCUAGCUUUUGUGUCGCUACACAACGUGUCUGAUCACGAUCGCUGGGUUCAAAAGAGCACUAGUUAUUGUGUAUCGAGCUACUUUUGGAGUUUGAGGACAUGCCGGAUGUGUAUCUCGUUUGCGUUUUUGGUCCCAAUGAUUUUGCAAACAUCUCUAUUUUAUUACAAGCAUAAGUUUUAGUAAUUUUACUAUAAAUAGAAACAAUAACAGUGUGCGUGUGUUGAUUCUACGACGGAGAUAUGGAUGAUUGUUUCCUGUCCAGUUCGGUUGAGUGCACGUGUUUUUCCUUAGAAGACAAGAGUCUUAUGAAAGAUGUAAAAGAACUCCUUUCCAGUAUUGAUUCAAUUUAGCCAACCAUCCUGCGUAAACUCUCCCGAAUGAAUUAAGAAACGUGUAGGUCCGAAUAAGGUCCCUCUGUUCGCUAGGAGCAGCAAAGAAUAUGUCACGCGUUGUUCAAUAUGUUAAACAAACUAAAGGAUGGAAAUAUUCUCUCCCCAUACGCGACAUAGAAAAAGCUAUCAUUGCUAACGCUAGAGCUACUUAUUACAUGCAUGUAUUUAUUGUAAGCUUCAAUAGAAAUUGUAAUGCACGCUAAAUGACACCGACCAGUAGAAUUGGUUGAUCUAUCUAGUUGGUUUAAUAAAUGUGGAGAUGAUAAUCAAACGAAACUGUAAGGUUUUAAGGAAA